AUGACAUCGAACGACGCACAAGGCGCGGGGCCAGCUGGAAGGACACUUGACGUCUUCGAUGUCCCCAAAUUCUGCAAGGCUGGCGUGAUGACAAAGGAGGGACAGGAUUUCAAGGUUGAAGUGCAGACUGUUCCUGUCCCCGAACCUGGACCGACCGAACUCCUCAUCCACCUGAACUGUACCGGGAUCUGCCGUUCUGAUAUUGGUUUCAUGCGGACCGAGUUUGGUCACAAGUUAAGCAGCUUCGGUGUGCAGUCCCCGGGUCACGAAGGUGCUGGGGUGGUCGUCAAAGUGGGCGAGCUCGUCAAGGACUGGAAAAUAGGCGACAGAGCUGGCAUCAAGCCGAUGUGGUCGACCUGCCAAAACUGCCAGCUCUGCUGGACUGACAAAGAGGCAUACUGCCCAACAAGGCUGAACACAGGGAUGCGAGUGAACGUUACAUCCCCUGCGCAUUACACCCAGCCUAUCCCAGACGGCGUCCCAGACCACGUGGCAGGGCCUAUCAUGUGUUCUGCCUCGACUAUUUACCGCUCCAUUCGAGAGUCGACCCUGCAGCACGGCCAGUGGGCUUUAUUUCCAGGUGGCGGCGGCGGUGUCGGUCUUCAAGGAGUCCAGAUCUGCGCCGCCCUCGGCAUGAGACCUAUCGUUAUCGACACAGGCGAGGACAAGAGAAAGAUCUGCACGGAGCUAGGCGCUGAGGCGUUCAUUGACUUCAAGGAGGUCAAGGAUGUGGCUGCUGAGGUUGUGGCUAUAGCAGAUGGGAUUGGAGCCCACGGCGUCUUUGUGACAGCGCCGUCAGCAUAUGCCUAUGCUGUUGCAUGCAUCGGAACUCGGGUCGGAGGCUGCAUAAUGGCAGUCGGUCUACCACCCUUUGACAGCCCCAUGAUCGUCGGGGCAACUCCUCGGCAGCUUAUUUACCAGAAUCUAAUGAUCAAGGGAACGUUGACAGCUUCUCGCCGGGACUUUGCAGAUGUUUUAGAUCUAGCAAAGAGGGGCAAAUUGAAGUCCAUCACUACCGAGAUCUUCCCCAUAGAUCGGCUACCAGAGGCAGUAGAAAAGGUUUAUCGCGCUCAAGUUGUAGGCCGAUGUGUUGUCGACUUUAACUCUUGA